AUGUCCGUCAGCCAACCUCAGCCAGGCGCCGCCAAGGCGUUCAAGAUCCUGGUGCUCCAAGGCGAUCACAUCGGCCCCGAGAUCAUGGCAGAGGUGCUGCCCCUCUUCCAACUCGUUCAAUCUCGUUAUUCGGUCGCGAUCGAGACCGUAGAGCGCCUCAUCGGCGGCUCUUGCCUGGACACCCACGAUUGCCCUAUCCAAGCUAGCACGCUGGAAGAAGCAUCGACGUGCCAUGCUGUUCUACUCGGCAGUGUCGGCGGACCAAAGUGGGACGUGGGUGACUCGAGCCGUCGACCCGAGACAGGCAUCCUGCGCAUGCGCAAGCACCUCAAGCUCUACGCCAAUGUCCGACCGGCCAGAAUCGUAGCAGAGCGCCAGCUUCAGCUCAGCUCGCUCAAGGACGACGUCGUCAGAGGCGUCAACAUCAUCACCUUGCGCGAGAACGCCGGCGGCAUCUACUUUGGACGCAAGCAAGAGCCCGACUCACAAGCGAUGAAAGCUUCCGACCUUUGUGAGUAUACGCGCGAAGAGGUGGCGCGCCUCACGAGGGUGGCAGCCGCCUUGUCGCUUGCCAACGGCGCAGAUCCCUUGCCCAUCAUCUCGGUCGACAAGGCCAACGUCAUGGCUACCUCGCGCCUCUGGCGCCAGGUGGUGACCGAGACCAUCCGCGAUGAGUUUCCGCAGCUGGUUCCCAAGUUGAGCCAUCACCUCGUCGAUUCCGCUGCCAUGGUGCUGGCUCGUGAUCCCCGCAAGCUCAACGGAGUCGUUCUCACCGAGAACCUCUUCGGAGACAUCCUCAGCGACUUGGCGUCGGUGAUUCCCGGCUCACUCGGCCUGCUGGGGUCGGCCGAGAUCGAUGCUCCGCCGACGCUUUCAUCCUCGGGCAGAUUACCGGUCGGCGUCUACCAGCCCGUCUCGGGAUCGGCACCAGACAUUGCCGGAAAGGGCAUUGCGAAUCCGAUCGGCAUGUUUGAGUCGUUUGGCCUCAUGUGUCGCUGGUCGCUCGGCCUUUCCGAGAUGGCCGAUGCCAUCGACGCCGCCAUCAAGCGCAGUCUCGAGACGGGCCAGUGCACGCGUGACGUUGGCGGCUCCCUCUCCACCCAACAGGCGGGCAGUCAGAUGCGACAAUGGAUUGAAGAGUCCUUGUCGUCUGCCUAG